AUGAGGAGGGAAGGGAAAAGGAGAUACGGCCGCGCCACGGGCCGCCUCGACCGCGCCGCCCACGGCACAACCACGCGCUACAACCACGAGGUCGAGUACGCGCCGGAGCUCGGCGAGACCACGGCGUUCAAGCCCUUCAUCCACCGGUACCCGACGCCGUACCGCGCCAGCGGGUCGUCGGAGCCGUACUGGUACUCGGUGAAGCUGGGGCCGGCGCACAUCAUCGUGCUCUCCUCCUAUUCGGCCUUCGGCAAGUACACGCCGCAGUUCAAGUGGCUGGAGGCGGAGCUGCAGCGCGUGGACCGCGCCGUCACGCCGUGGCUCUUCAUCAGCACCCACGUGCCCUGGUACAACAGCAACAACUUCCACUUCAUGGAGGGCGAGCCGAUGCGCGUGCAGUUCGAGAAGAUGGCCGUCGACGCCGUCUUCGCCGGCCACGUCCACGCCUACGAGCGCAGCCACCGCUUCUCCAACAUCCAGUACAACAUCACCGACGGCAGGUGCACGCCCGUCGCCGACCGCCGCGCGCCCGUCUACAUCGUCAUCGGCGACGGCGGCAACAUCGAGGGCCUCGCCGACGAGCUCACCUGGCCGCAGCCGCCCUACUCGGCCUUCCGGGAGUACAGCUUCGGCCACGCCGUGCUGGACAUCAAGAACCGCACGCAUGCGUACACUACGCCUGGUACCGCGGACAUGAGAUCGAUCAUCGAUGUGCACAUGAACAUUUGAUUUAUGUUGAAAAUAAGAUGCAUGGGUGCCCG